GCAUCCCACUUGUGUGUCUUUGCCCUUCCACCUCUCCUCCACCAAUACAGAGCCCGAUACCGCGAGGCAGCUCAGCAGCAGAUCACCUGGCGACCGCGCGAGUCUUGCAGCCGUCCGCAAUGGCGGUAGCAGAAGGACCCGAUGUUGUGGGAAAGAGCGUGUUCCCUGGCGACGUGCUGAUGGCGCUGCCGGAGACGGGGGUGGUACGCAUCGGCGGCGGCGUGCAGCAGGAUGGCGAGCUGCUGGUGGCCACCAAGGCGGGGGUGCUGCGCCGAGAGGCCAAGGGCGGCAAGCUGUGGGUGGAGGCGCGGCAGAAGAGGUACACCCCUUCCCCCGAGGACGUCGUCAUCGGCAGGAUCACAGACAGGCACUCGGAGAACUACGGCGUCGACAUCGGCGGCCCCUUCCGCGCCCUGCUGCCCGUGCUGGCCUUUGAGGGCGCCACCAAGCGCAACCGCCCGCACCUGCAGGUCGGUGACCUGGUGUACGGGCGGGUGGAGUCGGCGCACAGGGACCUGGAGCCGGUGCUGUCGUGCAUGGAUGGCGCGGGCAAGGCCUCUGGUUUUGCCCAACUGAAAGGCGGCAUGGUGAUUGAAGUCAGCACCACCCAUGCGCGGUCGCUGCUCAGCCGGCCGCCAGCGGCGUUGCUGUCGGCGUUAGGGCGCUCGCUGCAGUUUGAGCUGGCGGUGGGGCUGAACGGGCGGGUGUGGCUGGAUGCCCCCAGCUCCUCAACCGUCAUUCUGGUGGCCAACGCGAUACAGAGCAGCGAGUUUCUGACGGCGGCGCAGCAGGAGCAGCUAGUGGCGGCGCUGCUCAAGGGCAGCAGCGCGGCGGCGGCACAGCGGCGCCAGCAGCAGCAGCAGGAGCAGCAGCAGGUGGAGCAACAACAAUAAUGGCCGGCGGGGGUGCCGUCGUGCGUGCAGUUGCUGGCUACAUGAUGACUGACAGGGAACCUUGACUCUGCAGCUCCUCAGCUGUAACCUCAACUGUUGCG